GACGCCCCCAUAGCCCCGCCCCUCUGACAGAGGAAGGCUGUCAUGCCCCCCCACACCCACCCCCCUGGGGGCAUCGGCCUGCCCUCACCCAGCUCUACCACCCGCCACCUGGCCAGACCUGUCUUCCUCUGUGUCCUCUGCCUCGUGGCGACACUGCUGCCUGCAGCCUCCGCCUGCCCUCCUCCCUGUCUCUGCGACUCAGACAGCCUGGUGGUGGACUGCGGGGGCCGGGGUCUCUCCUCCCUGCCGCCCCUUCACCUCCUGCCUCCAUGGAGCCGCUCCCUCCUGCUAACCAACAACAAGUUUGCCUCGCUGGGAGCCUCUGCCUUCGCUAACCUCUCCUCUCUGGAGGAGCUGGACCUCUCUAAUAACUACCUGGAUAAUUUGCCAGGUGGAUUAUUCAGAGACAUGUCCAACCUGACAAGACUGACUCUGCACAACAACUCACUAACUGUAAUGGACAGAGACCUCUUCCAGGGUUUGGGGGGUCUUCAGAGUCUGGAUUUAUCCCUGAAUGGCCUGUCCUCUGUUCCUCUGGGGCUACUGGAUGAGCUGCAGAGCCUCAGGUGGCUGUCUCUAGCCGGUAACAGGCUUCAUGGUUUGGAGAGGGCAGCGUUUGAGCCGCUUGCCAACCUACGACACCUGGAACUGGGACACAACCCCUGGGAAUGUGACUGCAACCUCCGCGAUUUUAAACACUGGAUGGAGUGGCUGCUGUACAGAGGGGGGAAGGUGGACGCGGUGGAGUGCACGCUACCGAAGGAUCUGCGUGGGCGAGACAUCCGCGGCGUUCCGGUGGAAAUGUUCAACUACUGCCUCCAACUUGAAGAUGAGAAUGGGGGAGGAGGUGAGGGUUCCCGUUCUGGACAAGGAGGCGUUCCUCCCUGCAGCAGGAACGCUCUUAACCCCAGUGGGGCAACACCAAUUUCUGACAACAGCCACACUGAGGCAACUCCGGAUUGUGUCCGUGCCCGUUACCGACCCGUGAGCGUGCGCCGCGCCAUCGGCACAGUUGUGAUUGCCGGAGUGGUGUGCGGCAUCGUUUGCAUCAUGAUGGUUGCAGCCGCGUGUUACGGCUGCAUCUACGCCUCGCUGAUGGCCAAGUAUCAGAGAGAGCUGAAGAAGAGGCAACCACUGAUGGGAGACGGAGACGGAGACGCAGACGGGGAGGAUAGGGAAGAGAAACAGAUCUCAUCUGUGGCCUAG